AUGCAGGCUCGGGCGCCUUGUGCUGACAUGUCCAAUUUUGAGCCCGACGACUUUGAGAUUGAAGAGGACUUUAUCGAGCCCGAUAGCGGGUUUGCACAGCCCAGUCAUGCUGCGAGUACGUCAAUGCCUGAACCAGCACAAGUCAGGCAAGUUGCGAACGAGCGGACAGAGCCAAAUCGAUACAAAGGAAGCGACACCCUGGAUGAGACGGUGACCGCCACCAUUAUGCGUGACGUCUAUGGAUUUGGCAGAACACUUAGAGAAAUCAUGCACCCAUCUGGCCAUGCUUCCAAUACCGACUGGGAUUUAUGGGGGCCCCUGGUGUUUGGCCUUGGGAUCUCCCUCGUCCUAGGAUUCGACGCUGGUAGCCGUCGAUCUGAGAUUUUCACUCUUGUAUUCUCUGGUAUCUGGCUCGGACAGGCUGUUGUUGCUCUCAAUGGCCGUUUAUUAGGAGGCUCCACAGCCUUUUUACGCGGCCUCUGUGUGACCGGCUACUGCUUGUUCCCCUUUCUGAUCCUAACAAUAAUCGAUCUGUUCCUGCUGAAGAAUCAUGCGUGGAGAAUCAUUCCAGCUGGUGCAUGUAGUGGACUGGCAUUCAUUAGUGCUACUCGAGCUCUUGAAUGCGCAAAUGUCAAACCAACCCGAAAAGCACUGGUUGUGUAUCCCGUUGUUCUGUUCUAUACGUAUGUCGGCUGGAUGUGUGUAGUUUUCUAA